AUGUAUGUAAAAGGUGGGCAUCAGUGGUGCGAUAAAAAGAAAUAUCGUUCUAAUUUGCCGAAUACUACAGUUAUAAUUUGUUUCCACAACGAGGCUUGGUCAGUUCUACUUCGAACUGUUCAUAGUGUUCUAGAAAGAACUCCCGAACAUUUAUUAACAGAAAUCAUAUUAGUUGAUGAUUUUUCGGGACUGGAUCAUCUUAAGAGACAACUUGACGAUUAUAUGAAUCACUUCAGGAAAGUUCGAAUUAUUCGGCUGGAAAGUAGGCUGGGAUUGAUUAAAGCAAGACUUAGAGGUGCUUCAAAAGCUGUUGGAACUGUCCUUACUUUCUUGGAUUCUCACUGCGAAUGCGCAGAGGGGUGGUUAGAACCAUUGCUGGAACGAAUAGCUGAGAAUCCGACCAAUGUUGCAGUGCCUACAAUCGAUACAAUUGAUCUGCAAACAUUUGAAUAUCGAUAUUCUAAUUAUAGCCGACCGAACGUUGGAGGAUUUUCAUGGGGUUUAAUUUAUAAGUGGCAUCGUCUUCCAGAUCGUGAUUACAAAGCAAUGAAAACGCGUAUCGAUCCAGUACCAUCCCCUACGAUGGCUGGCGGAUUAUUUUCGAUAAAUCGUGAAUAUUUCGAAAGACUUGGUGGAUAUGAUCCUGAAUUCGAUAUUUGGGGUGGAGAAAAUCUCGAAAUCUCAUUUAAGAUAUGGAUGUGUGGGGGCCGAUUAGAAAUUGUACCAUGCAGUCACGUAGGUCAUGUUUUUCGGAAAAAAUCUCCGUAUAAGUGGCGAAAUGGAGUCAAUGUAUUGCAGAGGAACAAUGUUCGUUUAGCAGAGGUUGAUUAA